CAUGUCCAAAAGUCAUGGAUGACCAAACCGGUGAGCAAACAUACAGUAUUUGUUCGGUCAGUCUGUCAAAUCGGCGCGACUGUGACAGAAAAAUCACUGCCGCUGCGGAAUAACUUCGACAGGAGAGGAGAUAUUGAGUGUUCAGGUUUGGAGUCCAAAGCCAAGCGGAGUGGACCUUCGCACCGUCACCCUCCAAAUUCUCCAGUGGUCAGCCCCUCUGAUCUGGUGUCGAGAUGGCCUCCAGACAGGGAGACAUGCCAGCGAUAGAGUCUGGCACGUCACCCGGACUCUUCUCUGCCAUGUCGGCUCCUAUUGGAAUGACCCGACGCAAUAUCAGCUAUGACGAGCACAUGGACGCCCCCAUGAAUUCACCACCUUCAGACUUGACUGUCAACAUCUUUUGGAAGGAUCCUGUCAUCCCACAGCACAAGUUUAGGAACACUGCAGAGGAAGGUGAGAGCGGUGUGAAGAUGCCGACUUUUGAGGCAGCGUUGCCAGCCAAGUCCCCAGUGCCUGUGGUGAAAGCCAAAGCCACCUCUUUAAUGAGCUCGCUUAUGAUCAAGCACACCCAGGAAAACCUCCAGAGGUUUGAGCACCAGGCAGGGCUGACUGACACUGGGUAUUCACCUCACAAGGGCCUCUCUGCUGAGGAGACCCGCUUUCACCGACGGGCUGAUGGCACACUGCCAAAGUUGAGAAUGCCAAGCGGGGACUUCAAGGAGGACAGGCUUAUAACAUCAGCACAAUCCACCCCGAGUGGCACCCCUUGUGUCACCCCCUCCGUUACACCCUCCGUCACACCCUCUGUUACACCCUCGGUCACCCCAUCUGUCACCCCCUGUGUUAGUCCCCACUCAUCACCGGCUCUUAGUCGCAGGAGCUGGUUCCAGCUGAGUCCUGUGCCAUUUCUUGCAACCCCAGAACUCAGCCCCACCACAGACAUGGGAGGAAACGAGGGAGGAGGAGGAGAGAGGUGGAACUUCUUUGGAACUCGCUCUCUGGUACAGAAGUCCCCCACUGACCCUGGCUCUGACACCAGCACAGGCUUCUCACUGCAGUCCUACUUCGGCCUGCAGAAGUCCUCCACCAUGGAUGGCACCAACACCCAAGUCAACCUCAAGGUGGAGGACCCUGCCAACUUCAUGCCCCCUAAGAUUGAAAUCACAGGCAUCGACGCCAAGCGGGUGUCGCCACGGCCACACAAACUCAAACCUCGGGACAUGAAUGUUUUAACACCUUCGGGCUUCUGAAUCCAAACCAGCCGCGUACUGACACCUCUGUACCACAUGCUCCGUAGUUUUCUCCUCCGUGUGGUUGCUCAUUUUCUUUCCUGGCCUCCUCCAUCCCCUCUGCCUCCCUGCACUGAGACAGAGGGGAUGGAGGACCACUUAUACUUUUAGCUCACCAACCCCAGAGACAUUACCGCACUGUUACAUCCCUCAGCGGACCCGACUCAGAUGGAUUGCAAUCUUGUUGUACUUCACAUCAUCUCUUCCAACUAAUUAGUCCAAAUAAACCAUCAAAUCAAAUAACUUGAUUUGUUAUCCCUAAUGGUACUGCUUUGUAUUGUUAUUGUAGUUAUGUCACGUAAUGGGUGCACUGGCAUGCAUUGCCUUGUUGUCCUCGGUCCAUUUUCAGUGAUGUGGCACGAGAUUGAAGUUGUUGAAAUAUCUCGUCAGUCCUUUGCUUAAGCUAAUCCCUUUAGCAUUGCCUCUCAUACUAAAACUGACCAGCUAUUUCGGUCCAUAAUGCUCUUUGGCCUGAUUUGUAUUUUUUUUUUUUUUUUUUUAAUAAGCUCACAGUUUUGUAGUUGUGUGGUGCUUUUCUCUGUUAGCAUGCAGAGUAUAGUGAGGUAUGACUGAUAUUGUGCCUAAACGUGCAGCGUGUUUGCUUUUUGCAUUCGUGCCACUUUUUUAUAUAUAUAUUAUUUGGCAUUUUAUUUUACCUGACGAAAGAGUAUGACUGCUGACCUGAAGUGAUUUUUUUUUUUUUAAUUAUUAUUAUUUCAACCUAAGUAUAUUUCAUAUUAUUCUGCUUUAAAUCAACAUUGUUCAUUCUAAAUAGUAGUUUGUAUGUUGGGUUUCUCACAUUUUUAUAUUGAAUCACAAUAUGUUUCAAUAUGCUAUAAGAAUACAAAGCAUUGAAGUGGUCAUUUUCAA